CACAGACAGCCGUGCAGGUCCUCGCAAUGCCAGUCGGAUCUUAAGCCGCCCGGUUCAGCCAGUGCAAAGGAAAGGAAAGGACACAUUUAAAGACCCUUUCCCCUCACUUCAACCACAGACUGUCGGUCUAAAACGGGCAGGAGGAAGAGACAAGAGACAGGAGUUAAAGCGCGAGCCAUCCUGCCGUGCUACUAUAAGAGGAUUGCUGUAUCCCAAAUCCCGCAACGCCGCGUGAAGUGUGUUUAGACGGGGAAAAUGUCAUUGUCGGGGAAGGAAAACAACACUACCCCUCAUGCCAAUUACGUGGGACCAUACCGCUUAGAAAAGACCCUUGGGAAGGGACAGACAGGUCUUGUAAAGCUCGGGGUCCAUUGUGUCACAUGUCAAAAAGUCGCCAUAAAGAUUGUAAACCGAGAAAAGCUCAGUGAAGCUGUGUUAAUGAAGGUGGAACGAGAGAUCGCCAUCCUGAAGCUAAUCGAACACCCGCACGUUUUAAAGUUACAUGACGUCUAUGAAAAUAAGAAAUAUUUGUAUUUGGUUUUAGAGCAUGUUUCAGGUGGAGAGCUGUUUGACUAUCUGGUAAAGAAGGGCAGGUUAACACCCAAAGAAGCUCGAAAGUUCUUCAGACAGAUCAUCUCAGCUCUGGACUUCUGCCACAGUCACUCUAUAUGUCACAGGGACCUGAAGCCAGAGAACCUGUUGCUGGAUGAGAAGAAUAACAUCAGGAUAGCAGACUUUGGCAUGGCGUCCCUGCAGGUGGGAGACAGUCUGCUGGAGACGAGCUGUGGUUCUCCUCAUUACGCAUGUCCUGAAGUCAUCAGAGGAGAGAAGUAUGAUGGAAGGAAAGCAGACGUUUGGAGCUGUGGGGUCAUUCUGUUUGCUCUGUUAGUGGGAGCUCUGCCAUUUGACGAUGAUAAUUUACGAAACUUGUUAGAAAAAGUGAAGCUGGGUGUGUUUCACAUGCCUCAUUUCAUCCCACUGGACUGCCAGAACCUUCUACGAGGAAUGAUUGAGGUAGAUGCUGGCAAACGGUUAACGUUGGAGGUGAUCCAGAAGCACACAUGGUACAUAGGAGGGAAGAAUGAACCAGAACCAGAGCAGCCAGUGCCCAGGAAGGUGGCGAUCCGCAGUAUCCUGUCAGCCGACGACAUCGACCCAGAUGUUCUGGAGAGCAUGAACUCGCUAGGAUGCUUCCGUGACAAGAACAAACUGAUGAAGGACUUGUUAUCAGACAAUGAAAAUCAGGAGAAGAUGAUCUAUUUUCUUCUGUUAGAUCGUAAGGAAAGAUACCCCAGCCAUGAAGACCAAAAUCUUCCUCCUCGCAAUGACAUUGAUCCUCCACGGAAGCGUGUAGACUCGCCAAUGUUGAACAGGCAUGCCAAGAGGAGGCCGGAGCGGAAGUCUAUGGAGGUGUUGAGUGUGACGGACGGAGGUUCGCCUGUACCGGUGCGAAGAGCCAUCGACAUGACACAACACGGGCAGAGUAAAAGUGUGUUCAGUAAGAGCUUGGAUAUCUCGGACGGCAACUCCAAAGCAAAGAGCAAAGAGGAAAGGUCACGGUCCAUCAGCGGCGCGUCCUCUGGUCUCUCCACUAGCCCUCUCAACAGCCCACGGGUAACCCCACACCCCUCUCCAAGAGGCAGCCCUAUCCCUACCCCUAAAGGAACACCCGUGCAUACGCCUAAGGACAGCCCGGCAGGGACGCCCACGUCGACGCCACCCCCCAGCCCCUCCAUUGGGGGAAUGCCCUGGAAAACACGCCUCAAUUCCAUCAAGAACAGCUUCCUGGGCUCGCCACGCUUUCACCGCAGGAAACUGCAAGUUCCCACUCAAGAGGAGAUGUCCAGCCUCACGCCAGAGUCUUCCCCAGAACUUGCCAAAAAAUCUUGGUUUGGUAACUUCAUCAAUUUGGAAAAAGAGGAACAGAUCUUCAUCGUUAUUAAGGACAAACCGCUGAGCUCAAUAAAAGCCGACAUCGUCCAUGCCUUUCUCUCGAUACCCAGUCUCAGUCACAGUGUUGUCUCCCAGACAAGUUUUCGAGCCGAGUACAAAUCCACCGCCGGUCCUACAGUCUUCCAAAAGCCCGUCAAGUUCCAAGUAGACAUCACGUACACCGAGAGCACUGCAGCCACCAAGGAUAACGGGAUUUAUUCAGUCACCUUCACUCUGCUCUCAGGUCCAAGCCGUCGUUUUAAACGUGUGGUAGAGACGAUUCAGGCACAGUUGUUAAGCACACAUGACCAGCCAGGGGUCCAACAGCUGUCUGGAAUUAUCCAGAAAACGUAUUAAAACUCCAUCCCCACUCCCCUGCACUUCCCUUGAUGGACACUUAUUGACCGAAGGCACUUUUCAUGACGAACAAGCAGGUCACCAAGGAAUUGGAUGCUUCACCCUACCCUUCCCGCUCUCUGUGCUCAACUGGGAUUUAAAUACAAAAACAAAACAAAAACACACUUUCCCAUUCUACUGACUGUGUGCUCCCUUACCUGUUUCCCUAUCACACAAACACAGGCUCUGUUUCAAAACAUAGUGAGCUGCCCAUGGAGGCAGCAUUUUAAGGCAUCAUAAGUGCAAUCUUGACAUAAGGGCUGUUCCAAAGGUAGGCAGCAUGUAUCUUUUGUUGAGAAGGAAAUCCAAGAAUUCAUUGCAACAAGCUCCAUUGCACAAAAGUCUAGACAAGAUGGUGGACGAAACAAGAGAAAUGCUGAUUAUACAUUUACUUAUAAUUCCUACAGUACCAAAAAAUACCAAUAAAACUACUUAAGUCCAAUAAAAAAGGACUAUUUUACCUUAUAUUUGGGUAUACUUUGUAGUUUUAAUGCUUAUUAGCCAGGGUAUCCGGGGUUAGCUUAGCAACAUGCUAACGGCAAACUAUUGAAAUCAAUUGCGAGUGGAGUUUCUAGUGUGCGUUGCAUACAGAGCACUUUUGGUAUGAUGAAUAGUAACUUAAGAGGUUUCAUUUUUAUUUCGUAAUGAGUCUCAGGGUCCUUUUUGCAAUCAGUCGCGAUUUUGCAACUUUGACCAUUGCGCCACAUCUUGCUGUUUUUUUCAGCACCUUGUGCAGGAGCACAGCAUGUUUAAGACAUCCUUCAUGUCAAGUUAAAAGGACUUCAACUUUUAAAAGAGCUUUUGUGUCUCAAGAUGCCUCUGUUCUGUUCAAUUUGUUGUGCUACACAACUGGGCAAGGCAGUUUGUCUGGCCUUUUUUAAUGCAACAACGUGUUCGGUCUGAACUCCUUUGAAGGCAGCUGCUUAUGUUGGCAGUAGACAUUAAGGCGGCUUACUAGGUUUUGGAACAGGGCUAUACACUCACAAUACUAGACAUAAGCACACACAAAAGAUGUUUGCACUUAGAUUCAUAAUGACCAUGGAAAAAAUAAAGAAACACACACCGACAAGGAAAGAAAGAUGACUUUCAGAGCUUGUCCAGAUGAGAUGUGGACUCUUCAGAUUGUAUCGUUUCCAUGUACAAUCUUUUUUAUUUAUUUCACUUGAUUAAAUUCAUUGCUGCAAAUGGACUGAAAUGAGGAUUUCAGAGGAAUUGGGACUAUGAAUGGGUUGGGAUGGGAGAAUAGUUUUGAAUGAAUUUAUCCUAAUGAAUGAAUCUCUGUUGUACAGAUUGAACAUAAUUAUGUAUAAAUAAAAUGUCUAGAUGUGACUAUAGGUUUAGUUCUGUUGUAGAUAUAGAUUUUAUCUUGUGUUGCCACAGUCUUCAUUAUUUAAUCGAAGAAUUUACCCCAAAAUUAAAUUCUGUCAUCAUUUAAUAAUUAAAUAAAGAAAUAUUGAAAUAAAGAGUUUUCAUUUUGGGGUGAACUAUUCUUUUAACCAUUGAAUUUCUGUAUUUAUUUUGUGAGAUAACUAUUUGUUUUGUUUAUUCUGUUUGAAUAGACACUUUUCUGAUCAUAUCUCAUGUUCACUACCAGCAGAUACAAAAAUGUUAAAUACAUUUGUGGGUAUUUUUGUACAUUUUCCUUAUGUAUAUUUGUUUUUAUCACUGUCCUUAUGAGCACUUGAAUGUUAUUUAUUUAUGACAAUAAUGUGUUUGUAUCGGGUUCGUUUGUUUAAAGGAACUUUCUCAUGUCUUGAUUUAUAAAAGUACCUUGGACUUUACAAAUGUUACUUUCCUAGCUUCAAAACGAGGACAAAAUGUUAUAUUAAAAACCAACAAACCAACAAAAAAGCGAUUUAAUAGUAAUUUAAGAAUGUAGUUUAGCCUCUAUGUCAAGGGUAUGAACUUCUUGAUAUCUGUCAGCUUUAUAUCAUUGUGUGUGUACAAUGGAUGACAAAGAAAACAAGCUGUUUUUGGAUCAGUUCUAAUAUAUUAUGUUCUGGCCUUCGGGAAACUCAAAGGUUGUUCCUGCUCUUUGCUUUUGACUUGUAUUGCUGUGUGCAUGCAUGCAUUUUCUUUGCAUGGCUUUAACGUAACAAUUCCUAAAAAAAAAAAACAAUGCUUUUUCUCAGAGCUGCUUUCCUUGUUUAACAAAGAAAAUUGAAAAACACUUGCCUUCACCUCCAUUUUUUACCUCUCUGUCAUUCUGCAAUUUUUCGUUCUCUUUAUCUCUUUUCCUGGCACUUUUUCUAAUAUCUUGUGCACUAACAAUCUACGCUGCAAGCAGCGUGGCGCAACAAAACAGAAUGCGCCAUGUUGCUCGCUUGCUGUUUUGACACAGUACUAAAAAGUAUUCAUAAAAUGCUUCCUUUUGUCUGUACCAUGUACAUUGAAUAGGAAAGUUUUGGAUGUUCAUGACCCCCAGUUUACAAACUGCUUGUUUUAACUAAACAAUAAUGAAGCAAUACCUGUUGUUAACCUUCCUAUUUUAUACAGUUGAACAAAGCUAGACGUCAGACAAUGGAACAAAAAUCUUUGUCCGUGCAGAGCAGGAACAUGCAUUUAAAGUUGUAAAAAUCCCAUUUAUAUCAUAACUGUGGGCAAUUUCAGAGAGAAAAAAAUGAAACA